GUGUUGGGCGUGUUCUCUGUGGACGGGGGCAAAGCCUCUCAGGAGGAUGCUGAGGAGACCAACUCGGUGGAGUCAGUGGGGUUCUGCAAUGUGUUGCCCCUGAUAGCGGUGGCGUAUCUGUAUGGGACCCUGGCUAUCUAUGACCUCUCCUCACAGGUCCUCAGACACAAGUGUCAGCACCAGGCUGGCAUUGUUAAACUGCAGUGGGAGGAGUCAUCCUCUGUGGUGUCCACUUGUUGUCUGGACGGGGCGGUGAGGCUGUGGGAUGCCCGCUCGGGAACCAUGGUGUCAGAGUACCGCGGCCACCAGGCGGAGAUCCUCGACUUCACACUCAACAGAGAAGCCUCUAUGGCGGUCACUGCCUCUGGAGACCACCAGGCCAAAGUCUUCUGCCUCCAACGACCAGACCGUUAAUCAGAGGGAGAAAGAGUGAGAGAAAUGUGGAUGGACUCAACUCCGAUCGCGCUUUGUCCACAAUGCACCUUAAAGGCAAUGUUCCCGUUUUUGUGGAGUCUGUUUUAACGGUGGACACUGCAUAUAACGGCUCAAUCCAAAGUUGUCCUUUAAAUGGCGCAUUGUCAACAAAGCGCGAUCGGAUUGAAUCCCAGCCUUUCAUUGGGUUUUCUCACAACUGAGGGUUUUUGAACUGUCUUGUAUCGAUUGUGGUCUGUCUGAUAUAUAGUAGACCUGCAGUGUUCUAGAAGGUUCUAGAACUGCCAGCCAUUGUACUCAGGUUUCUCAAGUAGAACCCACACAAAAUAUAUUCAUUCUACGUGGUGUGGUAGUGUAGUUGUUGGAACACGUCAACCUGGAGGCAAUGAAGCAUCUAACAGUCGACCAAUGGGAUCCGUCGUGUGGUCUGUGAUUUAUCACUAAAUACACUUACAUCUACACCUUGGUGUUCACUGCGAUUUGGUUUGAUGACAAUUAUGAAUACACAAUAAGGUAAUAGAGCUACGUAGAGAUGGAGAUCUCCAUGUCCCCAUCAUUUCUGGUGAGUUGUGGAGUGUAAUCCUCACUUUCCCCCUAAAUCACCCCAAAUGAUGUAAACUCAACCUUCUGUAAAUACACUGCUCAAAAAAAUAAAGGGAACACUAAAAUAACACAUCCUAGAUCUGAAUGAAUGAAAUAUUCUUAUUAAAUACUUUUUUCUUUACAUAGUUGAAUGUUCUGACAACAAAAUCACACAAAAAUGAUCAAUGUAAAUCAAAUGUAUCAACCCAUGGAGGUCUGGAUUUGGACACAGCAAACCUUCUUACCAUAGCUCGCAUUGAUGUGCCAUCCUGGAUGAGCUGCACUACCUGAGCCAGUUGUGUGGGUUGUAGACUCCGUCUCAUGCUACCACUAGAGUGAGAGCACCGCCAGCAUUCAAAAGUGACCAAAACAUCAGCCAGGAAGCAUAGGAACUGAGAAGUGGUCUGUGGUCACCACCUGCAGAAUCACUCCUUUAUUGGGGGUGUCUUGCUAAUUGCCUAUAAUUUCUACCUUUUGUCUAUUCCAUUUGCACAACAGCAUGUGAAAUUUAUUGUCAAUCAGUGUUGCUUCCUAAGUGGACAGUUUGAUUUCACAGAAGUGUGAUUGACUUGGAGUUACAUUGUGUUGUUUAAGUGUUCCCUUUAUUUUUUUGAGCAGUGUAUAUUGGGCCCUGUUGAAAUGCUUUAGAAAUGCAUCUGUCUGUCCUUUUCUGACGUAAUCACGAAUCUGAGUUAGUUGGAUUGGUGGAAGUAAUGUGAUAACUUUGCUUUCCCCUACCCCAUCACUGACCUUAAGGAAACAUGGAAGGAAGGGUCCAUCUCUGAAGUAUUGGGACAGAGCCAUGGGCUUUGUUCUGCUGUUUGUUGGAACCAUUUAAGACGUUUUCAACCCAAGUCUCUAGGUUGCAUCAGCUCUGCCUGAGAAGGCUUUGUGCAGACCGUCAUUGAGUCACAUAUUGUCUCUCAAAUGGCACUCUAUUCUCUAUAGUGGCCUUCUUUUGACUAGGGCUGUGGUCAAAAGUAGUGCACUAUAUAGGGAAUAGGGUGUGAUUUGUUACACAAUGUAGGAACCAGAACACUGCUGUGAUUAGAGUAUGAUAAGCAUACUACAAAGUCAACUGCAUCAUCAGGAGAUGCCCUAAUUUGUUGUUGUAAGCUUGGAUCUGUGAGCUUGAUCUAAUGCAUUCAGCCACGCUACAGGGUGGCCGAGCCAAAAUAGCUUCUAGGCUAAUCUAACAUUAUACAGAUAUGACUCAGAUACAGUGCAUCUGGAAAGUAUUCAGACCCCUUGGCCGUUUCCACAUUUUGUUACGUUACAGCCCUUAUUCAAAAAUGUAUUAAAUAAAAAAUGUUCCUCAAUCUACACACAAUACCCCAUAAUGACAAAGCGAAAACAUUUUUUUUUGUUUUUUUGUGCAAAUGUAUUAAAAUAAAAACUGAUACCGUA